AUGGAGGACCACAUGGAGCUGGUGGGCAGGUCAGUGUGGAGCCACACCGUACUGCUCUUGAUCACACAAGAACAGUUGGAGAACGGAGAGUCCAAGAUGAAUCAGCUCUAUGACUGCCAAGCUUUCAAAGGGCUUAAGGAGAAAUCUGGUGAGGAUGCAGUUCUGCCCUGUUACCUCCAGCCCAACAUCAGCGCUGAGGACCUGGAGGUCAGGUGGUUCAGGGGGGACUUCCUGGCACCCGUACAUCUCUAUGUUAACAGGAGGGAUGAUUACACCAAUCAGAUCCCAUCCUACAGAGGAAGGACAGCCCUGUUUCCCGGGGAACUGAGGAAGGGAAACACCUCCUUAAGACUCCUGGAGGUGAAGGCCUCUGAUGAUGGCAGCUACAAAUGCUUUGUUAAAUCAAAGGAGACAGACAAUUAUGAUGACAGGGUGAUUCGCGUCACCGUUAAAGGGGCGGAGUCUCCCCGCCGGUCGAACAGAGACGCACAGAGACCCCCAGGGGCUCUUUGUCCUGACGAAACGCAUCAUUGUACACGAGGGAGGUGCCAACAGCUUCACCUGCCGAGUGACCCAGAAGCAGUUCCUCCAGGUGAAGGAGGCACGGGUACACAUUCCAGAGAGGGCAAACUUCAUGAGGAAAUAGCUCGGACGCGUGGUCUCAGGGUCGUGCUCCUGGGGAAGAGGUGGGCGGGUAAGAGCACCGCGGGGAACACCAUCCUGGGGCGGGACGAGUUCGGCAGAAACACCGAGCAGUGCGCUGUGGGACACGGGCGUGUGGCCGGGAGGCAGGUCACCGUGGUGGACACGCCCGGCUGGUACGAACACACCGACACCCCAGAGAAUCUGAGCUGCCAGAUCAGGUCCUGCCUGUCCCUGUGCCCCCCAGGGCCCCACGCCGUCCUCCUGGUCAUCCCUGUGUGGCACUCCCCCGUACCUGAAAUGGAGAUAGCAGCUGCCAUCAAGCACCUGGAGCUGCUCAGUCAGGGGGUGUGGAGGCACACCAUUGUGCUGUUCACCAGGGGAGACUUCCUGGAAGGCACGGACAUCAAGGAGAACAUCGAGAGACGGGGGGAGGCCUUGCGCACGCUGCUGGAAAGGUGUGGGAACAGGUACCACGUUCUCAGCAGUCAGGAUGUGGGGGAUGGCACACAGGUCAGGGAGCUGCUGGAGAAGAUUGAGGACGUGACCUACCUGCGGAACGAGGGACACCUCCAAUAGUCCUCCUGAGCAUGAGGUGAAUCAGAGCCACGAGGACGGAGAGGAAAAGAGGGACAGAGAGAAGAAAGAAACGCAGACAGAGACCAGAGUGAUGAAGCAGAGUGAGGUGAAUGCUGCAUGUAGAGCUGAGAGUGACAUACUGUGGCUCAGCAGCGUUUACCCAGUACAUGGUUCUAGGACCGUUGAUUAAAGCAGCAACUGUGCAGCGACUGGUACUCGGACGCUUGGGUGAAGCUGGAACUGUUCAGUGAUUGGUUCUAGGAUGCCAGCAACUGAGGGGGAGGGGCAUAAAGUGGUGAUUGCAAAAAAAAUUCAAUCUUUUCUGGGAUUCACUAACAUCAGUAAUCCAUAAUU